AUGGACAACACACAACAAGAAGAGGAGAUAGAAUCCUUGAGAGCAAUAUUUUGCAGGGAUGGUGAAUUCACUGCUGAAAAAGCCACCGAGGGUCAGCUCGUCACAAUAAACUUUGAUCUGUGCUCUGAUGUUGAAGCGGAAAGGAACAGAACAAAUGGAAGUGUCAGUAUUUUACUGACCCCAGAGUACCCACAGACUCAACAACCCAAGAUUAACAUCAGAUGCUCAUACUUGCCAGUUUCUGCCAUAGCAAAUAUCAUGCAGAAGGUUAAAGAGGCAGCAGCUUCCCUACAAGGACAGCCUAUGUUGUUAGAUCUGUGCUAUCUUGCUCAGGAACUUCUAGAAGGAGAGAUGAAGGCACUCCAGUCUGUGGAACACAAUGCAGAUGGUGAUAGUUUUGUUUCACAAACAAAGAUGCCUGGAGCCAUUACUAAAAGACACUUACAAAAGCAAAGACUCAAUAACAUUGGUUCUGAAUGUCCUUUCAUAUCUCUGGAUAACAGUCUAACAGUUAAAAAUUCUAAAUCAGAAUGCAGAAAUCAUGAUAGUUCUAGAACUUGCCAGUUGCAAGACAUGAAAUCUACACAUAACAAACAGGUUCACAAAUCAAAGGAUCAGAACUUAAGUGGACCUGAAAAUGGCUUAAAACUGAUGACAGUACUACUUCAGCUGGAUCACAUGCGCUCAAAGAACAACUAUAUAAAGUUGAUUAAGAAGUGGUCUGUAGCGUUAGGUUUGCCAGGCAGGCUGAUUUUCUGCAACAAACUCAUCCUCAUUUUGUUACAAGGGACAUCUCAGGCCAUCAAGGAAUAUGUAAUCAUGAACCGGACAACUAUUGUUGAUGUCGAUUCCAAGGGCAAGGGCUGUAAAGAACGAAUGCUCACAGUCUUGUGUGAAAUACCUGCAGACUCCCAUGCAAGACUGUCUGAUUUCUGUGUUGAGGAGGUGGCCACAAUAAAGUCAUUGCAGGAAUUGUUUCACAACUGUUCUCUGUCUGACUUGUAUGAGAAUUAUGUUAGCAAUCUCAUUCACAUCUCAGGUAGCAGGGUUACCUCGUCUAAACAAUACAGGUAG